AUGAUUAUUAAUAAUUAUUUACUUAUUAAUAAUGACUUGGAUGUAAUUACUAGUCAUCGACCUCCAACUGUUAUCAUUGAAGAUUAAUUUAAAUGUCUUAAUAACACUAAUUUUUCAAGAACUUUUAGAAAUACUCAAUUGCUUCGUAAAUUAAACACAAAAUAAAAUUAUAUGAACAUGAUGUCAUAGACUAAACUAAAACCCUUAACAAAAUCUUAAAGCCUUAUUUGUUUAAGUCUCAAGACACCUAUCUAUGAGGCAAAAGAGAAAAAAAUAGAAUAAGCUAAUUUAAGAAUGGGGAAGAGAAUGAAAAGAUAAGCAGCAUGUUAAACAGAUUGUUUUGAUAAUAAAAAUAAUAAUAUAUUUCUUAGAAAAACACUAUCAUGUAUAUAUUAAAUUAUAAAUAUUUAUUAGUCUAAUAAUUUAGAAAAAUAGUUUUCUCUGAGACAUUGUAAAAAUCUAAAAUUGAUGUUUACAAAGUAGAUGAAUAAACAAAAUAAAAAUGA